UAGGGACUGAUAACCGGCGGUGUCGAGCGAGGAAUGCGGUGUGUUAAGAAUGCAACCGAUUCAAGAAGAUCAACAGGUGAAUGCGCGUGCGUAUGUCUAUCGUCGUAAAUCGUAUUUCGUGGCCGCCACCGCUGCGGCAGUUCGUUCUCGUUGUACUCCGCUGCUGUUGGCGCGUACCGUCACGUAAUCGUCACUAUUUAAAUAUUUUAACGACACUCAACUAAAGUACGAAUUUUGAGGGAAAAAAAUCGAUUAUCGGGUACUAUUUCACGUUAGUGUUUUGGAGGUUGCUCGAGCGUUUAUUCAGUUCAGUGUUACCCUUACAGUUCUUAGUUGAACCUGUUCGCCAGUUUGUAAUUUUUAUAUGAACCGAAGUGAUCGACUUCAGUGAUUGCGCGUGUGUGCCGAUCAUUUGUGAUGUGCCUCCUCCUCAGGGAGUUUUCUUUGAAGUGGAUGAUCUCCGUCAACAGCGAUUUAUCUGCACAUGCUAUUUUGGAUUACUCGAACUAAAACGAACGUCAGCCAAUGAUAGACACUUAAUGGCCGUGAUUCGAAGAGACGAAAGUGCUCCUUACUUUUGUUAUUGUAUUGUAAAAUGCACAUUCAAUUUUUAACAGAAACGAGAUGACGCAGAGGGAAGAUGUACUUAAGUUUGAACAGGGGCGAAUUAAAGCUCUCCAGGAGGAACGACUACACAUACAGAAAAAGACUUUUACCAAAUGGAUGAAUUCAUUCUUGCAAAAGGUAAGAAUGGAGGUGGACGAUUUGUUUAUGGACCUAGCGGAUGGAAGAAAACUCCUCAAACUACUGGAAAUAAUAUCCGGUGAAAAAUUGGGAAAACCUAAUAACGGUCGUAUGAGAGUACAUAAAGUUGAGAAUGUCAAUAAAAGCUUAGCGUUUCUCCAUACAAAGGUCAGGUUAGAAAGCAUAGGCGCUGAAGAUAUUGUCGAUGGUAAUCCCAGAUUAAUUCUGGGACUUAUUUGGACGAUUAUUUUGAGAUUUCAAAUUCAAGAAAUUGAGAUUGAUGUGGAUGAAGAAAACGAAAGUAGUGAAAAAAAAUCCGCUAAAGAUGCUUUACUUCUGUGGUGUCAACGUAGGACUAAUGGUUAUAAAGGUGUUAACAUACAAGAUUUCACUGGUUCCUGGAGGAAUGGUUUAGCAUUUAAUGCGUUGAUCCAUGCACAUAGACCAGACUUGCUCGACUAUACAUCAUUAGAAAAAAAUUCUAACAUCGAUAACUUGAAUAUAGCGUUCGAUGUCGCAAACAAUGAAUUGGGUAUCCCUCGAUUAUUAGAUGCUGAAGACGUUGAUACAAAUAGACCGGAUGAAAAAUCAGUUAUUACGUAUGUUGCUUCUUAUUAUCACACAUUUGCAAGAAUGAAAAAUGAAAUGAAGAGUGGACGGAGAAUAGCAAAUAUCCUUGGUCAAUUAAUGGACACUGAUAAAAAAAAGAUACUUUAUGAGCAACUGACUUCUGAUUUGCUUGAGUGGAUACAAAUGAAAAUAAAAGAACUUGAAAAUCAUGAAUUUCCUAAUUCUCUUGAGGGUAUUCAAAGAGAAUUGUUGGCAUUUAAAAAAUAUCGUACUGUAGAAAAACCUCCCAAGUACAUAGAACGAAGUGAAAUUGAAGCUCUUUACUUCCACAUAAAUACUUUACUCAAAUCACUUAACCAAGGAGUUUUUAUACCACAAGAAGGUCAGCUCAUACAUGACCUUGAACGUAACUGGGAAUCCUUAGAAAGGGCUGAACAUCAGAGGGAAGUAGCUUUAAGAGAAGAACUUUUAAGACAAGAACGUUUAGAACAAUUAAACUACAAAUUUGAAAAAAAAAGUGUACUCCGAGAUGGUUAUUUAAGAGAAAUGAUUCAAGUAUUAAAUGAUCCACGAUUUGGGAAUAGUCUGACACAAGUAGACGCAACUGUAAAAAAACACGAAGCUAUAAGUGCUGAUAUAAUGGCUCGUGAAGAAAGGUUUCAUGAUUUAAAUGCCAUGAGUGAAGAACUCAUUAAAGAAAAUUAUCAUGGAACUCAAAGAGUAAAAAAAAGAGAAGAAGAAGUAUUGCAAAGAUGGAAAGAUCUUUUAAAACUUUUGGAAAAUCGUAAAAUAAAUUUAAACAAUAUCAGUACUAUUUUUGCUAUGCUUAGAGAAAUAGAAACUGUUAUGACAACUAUAAAGGAAAUCGAAGCUAAUUACAAAUCAGAAGAUGUCGGCCCACACUUAUUAGUUGUAGAAGAUUUAUUGCAAAAGCAAAAUUUGACUGAAAUGCAAACUACAGCUAUUGGUGAAACUGUCCGAAGAUUAACCAGACAAGGUCAGCAACACAUACAAUCAAAGCAAAAAGAUGCUGCAUUAUUAAAAGAGAACCUUAAUCAAUUAAAUAGUACAUAUGAUAGACUAACUGAGUUAAGUAAAGAGAGAAGACUAAGACUGGAAGAAGCUAGAAAUUUUUUUCAAUUUAUUGAAGACCACGAAGAUGAAGAAGCGUGGCUUAUUGAGAAACAACGUAUUUGCAAAGCUGACAUAUCAGCUAAGGACCUAAUAGGAGUAAUGAGUUUACAACAAAAACAUAAGGCUUUACUAGAUGAAAUGAAAGUACAUCGACAAAAAUCAAACCAAAUAUGUAAAACUGGUUUAACCAUUAAUUCUAAAGAACUAAAAGAAAUACAAUCAAGAGUUGAUUCUUUACAAAGUCACUGGAGUACUCUUAGUACACUAUCGCAAUUAAGAACUAAACAGCUUCAAGAUGCAGCUGAAGCAUACCAAUUUUAUGCUGAUGCAAACGAAGCUGAAUCUUGGUUGCAUGAAAGAUUAACUGUACUAAGUUCGACUGAUCAUGGAGUAGAUGAACCAAGUGCCCAAGCUUUAUUAGCUCGAAAUAAAAUAUUAGAAGAAGAAUUAGAUGCAUAUCAAGGGGAUAUACAGUCUUUAAACACACAAGGCGAAAAUCUUAUUAAAGCUGGAAUAUCAAAUAUUUUGUUACCAAAUGAAACCCCUACAAAACCAUUAAUAGAGCCAAUAGAAGAAUGGGUUUUUGAAACUCGACUUUUACCUCAAGAAGUUUUGGAAGAGGAAAUCAUUGAACAUAUUGAACAUAGAACUGUUGUAGAAGAACGGCAAGUGCCUCAAGUAAAAAGUCUCUAUCCUUUCAGUGGACAAGGGAUGACUAUGACAAAAGGAGAGGUUAUGUUUUUAUUGAACAAAACAAAUCCAGAUUGGUGGAGUGUGAGAAAACUUAAUGGAACAGAUGGUUUUGUACCAGCUAAUUAUGUUUGUGAAAUUGAACCAAAGAUCAUGCAAGUAUCAGUUAGAAGACCACAUGUAGUAAAAACUACCAAAAAAAUUCCUAAAGUUAAAAUGGUUAAACAAAAAGUACGCGUAAAGAAAACUAGAACACCUGAAAAAUAUGAACCUAAGAAAAACAAUAUAAAUCCUAAUAAUGAAGACACAAUUGAUAAACGAAUAAAAAAAAUUAAUGAAACUUAUAAAAAAUCACAAGAUUUAGCAAAAAAACGACAUGCACUUUUAGAGGACUCAAUAUGUCUUUAUGGAUUUUAUAGAGAAUGUGAUGACUUUGAGAAAUGGAUUAAGGAUAAAGAAAAACUACUAAAAACUGAUGAUAAACUAGACACAGUGGAAUCUGCAAAAAGAAAAUACGAAAAAUUUUUGACCGACUUAUCCGCUAGCCAUAAACGUGUAGAGGAUAUUGACAAAGCAGUUCAAGAUUUUGCUAAACUUGGCCAUAGUCAACUUAAUAUGAUAACUAAACGACAAAAUCAAAUUAAGAAAUUGUGGGAUAAUUUAAAUUGGUUAAAAUCACAAAAAGAAAAAAGCUUAGAAGGAGCUUUAAGUGUUGAACUAUUUGAGAAAACAUGCAAUGAAGCAAAAGAUUGGAUGACAGAGAAAAUGGACAAACUUGACAGCGCUGAAGUGGGAUUAGACUUAAAAACUAUACAAGCGUUACAAAGGCGACAUUUAAACCUAGAAAGAGAACUAGCACCUGUAGAAGAAAAAGUCAAUAGAGUACAUUUAUUAGCCAAUUCGGUAAAAUCUUCCUAUCCUGAUGAAAAAGAAAAUGUAAAUCAAAGACAAAAUGACGUGCAAAUUUUGUGGCAAAAUGUCAAAAAUAAAGCAUUAGCUCGAAGAUCCCGUUUGGAAAACGCUGUUGGCCAACAAAUAUUUAUGAACAGCUCGAAAAAUUUACUUAAUUGGUUAUCUUCAGUUAAAGAAAUAAUUAAUGCUGAUAGCCCUGCACGUGAUGUUGUCACAGCAGAAAACCUUUUAAAAAAUCAUAAUGAAUUAGGUGAUGACAUUAAAGCACAUCAAGACGAAAUAAAAGAAGUUACUUUACUUGGAAAACAACUUUUAUCUAGUGGAAAUUGCAGUAGCAAUGAAGUUAAAGAACGUAACGAUAAACUCAAAGCUGAAGUAAAAAAUGUGAUGGAUGAAUGGUCACAAAAAAAAGAAUGGAAUAAACAAUGUUUAGCUUUACAAGUAUUUAAUAAAGAAGCUGACCAUAUUGACGCUGCUACAUCAGGCAGUGAAAUGUUUUUGGAUUACACAGACUUAGGAGGAUCUAUUGACGAUGUGGAAGCUCUUCUUAAACGACAUGAAGACUUUGAAAACUCUUUAUAUGCACAAGAUGAUCGUUUAAAAACAUUUUGCGAAAUGGCAAACAAACUCGUUUCAACUGAUCAUUAUGACAAAAAUCAUAUUGAAAAACGUAAAGAUGCAGUGCUAAAUCGUCGAAAUUUAGUGAAAGACCAGGCAGCAGCUAGAAGAAAUGCUUUAAUUGCUAGUAGAAAUUACCAAGCUUUUUGUGCUGACGUAGAUGAUCUAAAAACGUGGCUUAAUGAUAAAUUAAAAACAGCGAGUGAUGAAUCAUAUAGGGACCUGACAAAUAUCGAACGAAAAUUACAAAAACAUGAGGCAUUUGAGUGUGAGUUAAGAGCAAAUGAAGGACAACUAAGAAAUAUUAAUAAAUGUGGUCAUAGUUUAAUUAACGAAGAAAACUACCGCAAAAAAGAAGUUCAAAAAAUGUUGCGUGAUCUAAAUAAUGAUUGGAAGAAAUUAGUUGAUGUUAGUGUAGCUAAAGGUAGAUGUUUAAGACAAGCAGCUGCUCAGCAUACUUAUAAUAGAACAUUGGAUGAUGCACACUUCAAAUAUGAGGAGCUUAAAUCUAAUUUAAAAUCUCAAGAAGUGGGUAAAGAUCUAAGACAUUGUAAACAACUUCUUAAAAAUCACCAAGUUUCUGAGUCUGAAAUUCAUCAUUGGAAGCAUAAAAUUAACGAUUUAGUACAAGCUGGUGAUGAAAUGGCCCAAGAUGGUCAUUUUGAUGCUGAAAAUAUUUUGCAAUCCAGUAAAAACUGUCAGCAAAUGUUUGAUGGAUUGAGUGAACCACUAAAAUUAAGGAAAGAAGCUUUAGAUGAAUCAUUGCGUUUUCAUAAAUUUGGUUUUGAAUUAGAAGCAGAAUUAGGCUGGAUACGAGAACACUUACCACUAGUUGAAUCAGUUGAAUUGGGUACUAAUCUUCAUCAAGCUCAAACAUUACAUAAAAAGCACAAAAAACUUGAAGCUGAAAUACAAGGACAUCAAUCAUUGAUCAACAAAACAAUAGAGACAGGACAAGCACUCAUACAUCAAAAACACCCGGAAACCAAACAAGUAUCAUCAUUAUGCACUGGUCUUGAAGAUGCGUGGCAAGAUUUAUUGACAAAAAGUGAAGACAGAAAUCGUAAAUUAGAACUUAACUUAAAAGCUCAACAGUUUUUCUUUGAAGCUAGUGAAAUUGAAAGCUGGCUUAUUGAAAAAAAUAAUAUAUUAAGUUCCACAGAUUGUGGUCGUGAUAGAGACGCAGCAUCUAAACUAUUAACUAAACAUAAAGCACUUGAGUUAGAACUUGAUACAUAUGAAGGAAUAGUAAAAGAAAUGUGUCAUACUGGAAAUACUAUGGUUAAUCUUAAACAUCCGGAUAUUAAAGCAAUUACAGCUAAACAGCAGUAUAUUUGUGAACAAUUUAAGCAAUUACAAAAAUUUUCUACAGCUAGGCAGCAUAAUUUAGUUGAAAGCAUGUGCAGACACGAGUUUUUGAUAGAGAGCUACGAGUUAGAAUUAUGGAUAAAAGAUUAUAUUCAAGCCGCUUCUUCUGAAGACUAUGGUCAAGAUUUUGAACACCUCUUGGUUUUACAAAAUAAAUUUGAUGAUUUAAAACAUCGAGUUGAAACUGGUUUGAGUAGGUUUAAUCAAUGUGAAGAUCUUGCCAACAAAUUGAUUGCCAACGAUUCAGAGUAUACGCCAGAAAUAGAAAAAAGACAAGAGGAAGUUCGAGAAUUGUGGCAGCAAUUAAUUAUUACACUAGAAAAUCGAGAUAAACGUUUAAAAGCUGCAGGCGAAAUCCAUAGAUUUCACAGAGACGUCGCUGAUGCGUUGUCACGAAUAAGUGAUAAAGAUGCAACAAUUUCAGAUGAUUUAGGAAGAGACUUAAAUUCUGUUUUGACAUUGAUACGAAAACAUGAAGGAUUUGAAAAUGAUCUUGUAGCAUUGGAAGCACAAUUACAAAUUUUAGUUGAGGAUGCAGUAAAAUUACAAACAUUGUAUCCUGGAUCUAACGCAGCUCAUAUUGCUAAACAACAAGAAACAGUUAUUAGAAGCUGGACUUCAUUACAAAAUCGAUCAGCACACAGGCGAGAAGCAUUACAAGCUAGUUGUGAUUUACAACGGUUUUUAGCUCAAGUAAGAGAUUUAGUGAAUUGGUCUAGCAGCCUUAGAGCAACUACAAGAACAGAAGAAAAAGUAAGAGAUGCAGCAAGUGCUCAGCUACUUAAAGGAGAACAUGAAGCUGUAAAAGCUGAAAUAGAAGCAAGAGAAGAAACUUUUCAAACAGUUGCAGAACUUGGAGAGGCUCUUGUGCAAGGUGGUCACUUUAGAGCAAAUGAGAUUCAAGAAAAACUAAAUCAUCUAUUAGAGGAACGCCAUCAAUUACAUACUUCGUGGCAUCAUAAAAAAGUUCAUUUGGAUCAACUCAUCGAUUUACAAUUUUUCCUCCGUGAUGCGAAACAAAUAGAUACAAUUUGCAACACACAGGAAGUUGCAUUAGCAAACUUAGAUUACGGGAAUACAGUGGAUCAAGUUGCGUCUUUAGUUAAAAAACAUGAAGGAUUUGAGAAAUUAUUUGAAACUCAAGAAGAAAAAAUUGCUCUGCUAAAAGAACAUUGUGAUAAACUACUCAAUCAAAAUCAUUUUGAAAGUGAUUUAAUUUCUAGAAGGCUUAAUGAAGUUUUAGCAAGACGUGCUCAUAUUCGAAAACUCAGUGUUUUAAGAAAACAAAAGCUAGACGAUGCUUUAUUGCAUACGCAGUUUUUACGAGAUGUAGAUGAAGCUGAAUCAUGGAUAAAUGAAAAACGUAAAAAACUUGAUGUUGAAAUUAGCAAAGGAGAUGUCAAUAAUUUGGAAGACAAAAUCAAAAAACUUCAAAAACAUCAAGCAUUCCAAGCUGAACUUUCGGCCAAUCAGGGGCGAAUAAAUACUAUUAAGCAAAACGCUGAUAUGCUUAUUGAAAAGAAACAUAAAAAUUCUAAAGACAUUCAAGACUCAUUGAGUAAAUUACUAGUCCUAUGGAGAAAUCUUCUACAAGAAACUAAUGAAAAAGGUAGAGGUUUAGAAGAAGCUCAAGAUAUUUUAGAAUUUAAUAAUCAGGUGGAUAAAGUCGAAACUUGGAUAAGAGACAAAGAGAUGAUGGUUCAGGCUGGGGAAAUGGGUCUAGAUUAUGAACAUUGCUUGGCGUUACAAAAAAAACUUGAAGAUAUUGAUAAUCGUGUAGAUGAAAGCAAAAUACAAAGCAUAAAUAAUUUAACUGAUAAGCUGAUUAGACAGGGUCGUAGUGACACUCAAUCUAUCCAACAACGCCGACAAAACUUAAACAAUAAAUGGAAGGCUUUACAAGGAGCACUAAGUGAAUAUAGAGAACACUUAAAUGGAGCUUUGGAAAUACACUCAUUUAACAGAGAUGUCGACGAUACUCUACAACGUGUUAGUGAAAAAGCACUAGCAAUGUCCAGUAAUGAAACAGGUAAAAAUCUUGGAAGUGUUCAACAGCUUCAAAGGAAACAAGAUGCAUUAGAAAGGGAUAUGACAGCUAUCGAAGGAAAAACAAAAGAACACGAAUUAGAAUGUAGACGACUUAUUCAAAAAUAUCCAGACAUGUCAACACCAAUUAAAGCUAAAUUGUCAGAAAUUCAAAACAAUUGGAGAAAUUUACAUAUGCUUUCAAAAAAACGAAGAGAUAACUUAAAUGAAGCUUACAUAAGAGAAAAGUUCUUAUCAGAAUUAAAAGAGGCUGAACUUUGGGUAUUAGAUUCUAUUAAAAAAAUAAAAGCACAUGAUAUGCCAGCAACUAUAGCCGAAGCUAAAGCUCUACUUGAAUUAAAUCAAGAAAGAAAAGCAGAAAUUAAUGGACGACAGGAACAUUUUAAAACAUUAAAAGAUUCUGGACUAAAAAUCAAUCCAAUUCCUGAAAAAGAACUAGCUCAUCUAGAUGAAUUACGUCGAACUCUAAGUGCUGCUUGGGAAGAAAGGAGAAUGAUUUUAAGCCAGGCAUUAGAACUCCAAAUAUUCAGAAAUCAAGCUGAUCAAGUUGACAACUGGUUAGCUUCAAAAGAUGCAUUUUUAAGAAAUGAUGACUUGGGGGAAUCAUUAUCGAGUGUUGAAGAAUUAAUAAGGAAACAUGAAGCAUUCGAAAAGACACUUUCAGCUCAAUUAGUAAAAGUAGAAGAGUUAGAAAAGUAUGCAUUGGAACUUGUUACGGGUCAACAUUAUGACAGCCAAGGUAUACAAAAUCGGCUUAAGGGUAUUUGUAGCCGUCGAGAAAGAUUAAAAGAAGCCACAGCUUCACGCAAGAAACGACUAAAUGAUUCAAGGUUAUUACAACAAUUUUUGAGAAAUAUGUAUGAGGUGGAAGGUUGGAUUAUUCAAAAACAACAAGUAGCUGGUGAUGAAAACUAUCGUGAUUCUACUAACCUACAAAGGAAAAUACAAAAACAUGCCACUUUUGAUUCAGAAUUAUCUGCUAACCGCGCUAGAGUUAAUACAAUUUGCACUGAAGGUGAAAAUUUAAUUAGUAGUGGCCACUUUGCUAGUAUGGAAAUACGAGCAAGGUUAGAUGAACUCGAAACUAAAUGGAGAAACCUACAAGACACAAGUGUUCUAAAAAAACAACGAUUGCAAGACGCCUAUCAAGCAUUAUUAUUUAAUCGUACUCUUGAAGAACUUGAGGCAUGGACAGAGGAAGUUGAAAUGCAACUACAAUCUGAAGAUCAUGGGAAGGAUUUACAAAGUGUAGUUAAUUUGCUUAAAAGACAUUCAUUGUUGGAGAAUGAUGUUCAUAGCCACGGCGAAGCUUGCCAAUCAUUAAAAGAUACUGCUAUGACCUUCCAAAAUUCUAAUCAUUUUAUGAAAGAGGAAAUCCAAGAAAAAGCUGCAAUAGUUUUAAAAAGAUAUUACUCACUCCAAGAACCAAUGCAAAUACGAAGAGAUAAUUUAGAGGAUGCUUUAAUACACUACAGACUAUUACGAGAUAUUGAAGAAGAAAUGGCUUGGAUUGGUGAUAAGGAACUAUUAAUUGGUUCAAAUGACUUUGGUACUAGUUUACAUUCUGUUCAGGCAUUACAAAAUAAACAUCAGGCAUUAGAAGCCGAAUUAAUAUCUCAUGAGCCAGUAGUUACUUCUUUGGUAGAUAGAGGACAACAAAUGGUUCGUAGCGGCCAUUUUGCAGCGCAGCAAAUUGAAGCUAAUUACACUAUUUUACAAGAAAAAAUGGCUAAACUAAAAGAAGACUCUAAAAUUAGAAAACAAAAACUGUUUGAUGCUUAUGAAUCUCAAAUGUUUUAUGCUGAAGCUAAUGAAACUGAAGUAUGGCUCAAAGAAAAAUAUCCGUUAUUAGCAUCUAAUGAUUAUGGAAGAGAUGAAGAUUCAGUAUUAUUGUUAAUGAAAAAAUUAGAAGGAAUUGAAAGAGAACUUACAACAUUUCAACAUACUCUUGAACGACUGGCUAAAUUAGGCCGAGACCUUGUAAGUCGUUCACAUUUUGAUUCAGAAAACAUACUUCAAAAGCAGACGGACAUUGAAGAAGUGUAUACAGAGUUGUGUACUUUGAAUAAAAAAAGAGCAACUAGAUUAGUUGAGAGUCGCAAAUUCUAUAAAUUUAUUCGUGAAGCUGAAGAUGUUGCUGAAUGGAUAGGUGAUCAAACAACUGUGGCUGCUUCAGAAGAUUAUGGUCGAGAUGUUGAACAUGUAGAGCUUCUUAUCCAAGCAUUUGAUAGUUUCUUGAGUGGGUUGAAUGGUAGUGAAGGACGUAUAUCAAGCUGUAUUGAAGUUGGUCGAAAAUUACUUGAAGAAAAUAAUCCUGAACGAGAUCAAAUUCGAAUUAGACUAGAUGAUACACAACAGCUGUGGGAUGAUUUGAAAGAACUAGCAAAUGCUCGACAAGAAGCAUUAAUGGGUGCUAAACAAGUACACGUUUUUGAUCGUACUGCUGAUGAAACUAUAAGUUGGAUUCAAGAGAAAGAUGCUUUAUUAGCAGCAGAAGACUAUGGGCAUGAUUUAGAUACAAUACAAACACUUAUACAAAAACAUCAAGGUUUUGAAGCUGAUCUUGCAGCAGUUAAAGAACAAGUAGAAUGUGUUGUACAAGAAGCCGGACGACUAUCAGCAAUGUUCCCCGAUGCUAAAGAUCAUAUUGAAGUGAAACAAGAAGAAGCAGUGGAUGCUUGGGCUACACUUUUAGAAGACGCAAGUCAAAGAAAGAAUAAAUUAAAUCAAGCUGAACACUUGCAGUCAUACUUUGAUCAAUACAGACAUUUAAUAGCGUGGAUUAACGAAACUAUUGCUAAAGUAACUUCGCCGACCUUGAGUCAAGAUGUCAAUGGAGCUGAAAUGCUAAUACUUCGCCAUCAAGAAUAUAAUGCAGAAAUAACUAGUAGAUCAGAAGCAAUAGCAGAAUUUUAUAAUACUGGAAAACUACUCAUUCAACAAGGUCAUUUUAUGUCAGAUGAAAUUAAAGAAAAAAUAAAUAUUCUCGAACAAAGGCAUUAUUUACUAACUGACACUUGGAAAAAACGAAAAAUCUUAUAUGACCAAAAUUUAGACACGCAGUUAUUCAAACGAGACGCGGAUUUAUUAGAAACAUGGAUUCAGUCUAGAGAAUCAGUACUUAACGAUGAAAAAAUAGGAGACUCUAUAUGGCAAGUGGAAGAACUCAUAAGAAAACAUGAAGAUUUUGAAAAAACUAUCGAAGCUCAAGAAGACAAGUUUAAUACUUUGAACAGGAUAACUAUGUUGGAAUCAGCAUUUAAAAAACAAUUAGAACUUGAAGAAAAAGCUCGUCUAGCCGAGAAAGAACGUAUUGAGCGGGAAAAAUUAGAAGCGCGGAAACAACGUGAAGUUCAGCGUAUCACGGAUGAAAGAAAAAGAGAAGGUGAUAGAUGGAAAGUAAAUUCUGGAGGUGAAACAAUUAAUGGAGAUGAUGACCAAUUCGACCCAAACAUGAGAACGCAUGAUACAAAUAAAUCGCAUGACGUUGAAAUAAUAGAAUCUACGGAACUACCUAAGGAGUUAUCGGCUAGAUCUGUCUGGCCUUAUGAGGAAAACUCAACAGUGCUUAUGACACCUGGAUCGCCUGCAAUGAGUACUAGCAGUACUUUUUCAUCUAUAUUUGGAAAUCGUUUAAAAAAAGAUGUCAAAAGAGCAGAAAGUAUGAAAGCAGACUCAUUUAAAAAACCUAAGCGGACACCUAGUUUUACUACUCGUAGAAGAACACAAAGUUUCCGAAAAUUGCAAAAACUAGAAAACUUAGAUCAGCUACCUCCAGUGGAAAUCCAAGGAUUCCUAGACAGAAAGCAUGAGUUACAAAGUAGUGGUAAAAAAGCAGCAGUUAGAUCCUGGAAAACAUUUUAUACUGUUCUUUGCGGCCAACUUUUGUGUUUUUUUAAAGACCAAGAAGAUUUUGUUGCCAGUAAAGCUGCUACAUCACCAAUAAUUGUGUUUAAGGCUAAGUGUGAAAAAGCGUUUGAUUAUACAAAACGAAAACAUGUUUUCAGAUUGUGUUGCACUGAUGGCUCUGAAUUUUUGUUCUUGGCCGAUACAGCUAAUGAAAUGGAGGAAUGGGUGAACAAAAUAACUUUCCAUGCACAAUUACCACCCAGUUUACAACUACUAAGCUAUGACGAAAAUCAAAAGAGUUCACCUCAACCUGAAAAAAUUCCAGUUCCAUCCGCAGUAAUAAGUACAAGCUCAAGUGCAGCCACAACACCUGAAGUUGAACGAAAACCUUUACCAACUACGAUUACUACUAGAAAGGAUAAUCAAAUUCGUCGACCUAUACCAGUUCGUCCACCAUCUAUUGAUAAUAUACCCUUUCAAAAUAAUCAUUCAACUGAUACCACAGAUUAUGCUUCCAAAAUACUACCACCUGGGAAUAAUUCUACUAGACCUCAUUCUUACUAUACAAACGGCAAUAAUGAUUGGAAUAAAGAUGGUCAAAAUCUUAAAUCACCAGAUGCUACACCUCCACCUUUACCGUUGACUGCUCCACCAAUAAAAGCUGGUAAUAGAGACACAUGGACUUCAGACUAUAGACAUAGUGCGGUGUAUGCUAAUGUUGAUGUACUUAAACAACAGCCACCUAUAAUACCCAAUCGGUCUGCAACCUUACCCAGCUUAAAUCAACAUAGAGCCAGUGAAAGUUCAAGUGAAAGCGAACAUCAAUCACCAAUUGGUCGUAAAGAUAAAAGAUCAAGUGUUUUAUCAAGUCUUUUCCGUAAAAAAAAAGCUACCCACUUGUAAAUUAAUAUUUUAACUCGUAUUUGUUUUUAUUAGAUUUUUAUUUUGUGUAGUGUGCCAUUAGCUAUAUUAGUAAACAAAUUUAAUUUUGUAAUAAUUUAUCAUAUCAUAAAAAUAAAACCUAUUAAAGUCUGGUCAAGAACAAAUUUUAUUUUAGAUAACAUA